CAGAUGAGGGGGGUUCAGGUUUGAGUGUGUACCCCUGUAGUCCUCCAGGUGAGGGGGGGACCACAGAUCCAGGUGUAGCCCUCAGACUGUCUGUCACAGAGCACAUGUACGACAACCGCAUCUCAGUCAUCCCUCAGCAAGGUAAUGUACAGACAUGGUACCUCUCAACACACAUACAAACUGCUGCUGCUGCUGCUGCUGAGAGAACCACUCAGUUUCACACUCAGAGGAAAUGUCUGUGUGGGGUGAAGAGUGACAGAGGUGUGAAGAUGUCAGCCAUUGGAAAAUUCACGUACACAUACACUGGCCUAGAUGAUUUCUUAUCAGCUCUCACUGCAGUGUCACCGUGUUCAAACCUCAUCCUUCACACACACACACGUUUGAGCUCCAUGCAGCUAAGAAUGAUGAUGAAGAAGAAGAUGAGGAAGAGCCAGGACUAGUGCCUCCACCUUUGCCCCCUCGACGGUUUGAGUCUCAGAAGUACCCCCAAUGCACCUCUCUGCCUCCCCCACCUCCCCCUCUUUCCUCUCUGCCUCCCCCACCUCCCCCUCUUUCCUCUCUGCCUCCCCCCCUACCAGCCCGAGGUGAGUAUUUGGUUUGUUCUGAAUCGAUUCCACAUGCUUUUGUUCCUGAAUACAGCCCAAGUUGUUGGCUGGGGUAAAGUGUACUGUAGGCUAUAGCGGGUGUAUGUGUGGUUCAGUGGUUAUUACUGUGAUGGUUGUUACGUAUCUGGGUCUCAUCAGUGUGUGUGUGUGUGUGUGUGUGUGUGUGUGUGUGUGUGUGUGUGUGUGUGUGUGUGUGUGUGUGUGUGUGUGUGUGUGUGUGUGUGUGUGUGUGUGUGUGUGUGUGUGUGUGUGUGUGUGUGUGUGUGUGUGUGUGUGUGUGUGCGUGCGUGCGUGCGUGCGUGUGCGUUUGUGUGUGUUCUCAGGUGCGGAAGGCCGAGGAGAGCAGAGCAUCAGAUUGAAGGCUAAUGUUAAUGUUCUCUCUCUCAGUGUUGGACGACUCGUAGAUAUCAGUAGAGCAUCUGGCAUCCAGACCACUCAGUGUCCCGUGAUGCACUGUGGGAGAUGUAGUGCUGCCCUGUCCUCUCUGAGUUCUGUACAGAACACACAGGAAACUGCCGUGUGGCUGUGUGAGUUCUGUGGUCUCCAGAACACCCUGUCUACUUCAGGUCCUGGUUCCAAGGUGGGCCUCAGGGUUAGAGGGGCUCCUAGAGGGAGAGAUGUGAUCUACCUCCCCCGUCAGACAGACCAGGACUACGAGAACCUGGAGGAUGUCAUGGUGGUCUUCUGUGUUGAUAUAUCUGGGAGCAUGAGUGUCACCUCUGAGGUCACUCCAGGGAAUCCUAUGAGGUCAGCAACCUAUGUCUCCCGACUACAGAGUAUUCAGGAUGCCCUCCAGAGGGCACUGUCCUCUCUACUUAAGACUUCACCUCUCCGCCGAGUCGCCAUUGUUACCUUCAAUGACGAGGUAGUAGUGUAUGGUGAUGGUUCAGGUGUACCAGUCUCUCUGAGGGACUGGGCUCUAGUUGAUUAUGACUAUCUGAGACAACAGGGUCAACAGUACAACACUCCACACUGUAUAGCUGAGAGCUACCAACACCUCUCACUGAGAGUCAAAGAGUUGCGAGAACACGGGGCUACAGCGUUGGGUCCUGCAGCCUUGGUCUCCAUUGCCAUGGCGUCUCGAUUCGUGGGGUCAAAGGUGAUCUUGUGUACAGACGGGCGAGCUAACAUCGGAUUGGGUGAGAUGGAGGAGAGUCCCGCCCCUUUCUCCUCCCCCCAGUCACCUUACUUCUACAGACAGCUAGCCAACGAGGCAGCUAACAAAGGUGUGAUAGUUUCAGUGCUGACUUUUGAAGGCACAGACUGCAGGUUGGCUGAGGUGGGACUACUGGCUGACCAGACUGGAGGAAGGGUCAACAUAGUAAACAUUGGUACCGUAGCAACAGAGAUCCAGUCAGCUCUGGCCGACAACAUCUUAGCGACGGGCGUCAGGGCAACGUUACUAGCAGCUGACGGCAUGUAUUUUCCCUAUGAGGAGUGUAACCACUGUCUAGUAAGGGAUAUAGGGAACGUAACAGAAGGAUUAGAGAUCACCUUUCAGUUUGCCUGCAAGCCUGAUAGUACAGAGAGUUUCAUGCGUAGAGACAGACUACCGUUCCAGCUACAGCUGUCCUUCACCACCAGAGAUCAACAGAAAGUAACACGCAUCAUUACUGAACAGAGACGGGUUACAACCAGCAGCUGGGUGUGGGCAGGCAGUCUGAACAUGUCAGUGUUAGGGGUCCACUGUGCCCAGCUGUGUGCCAGGUUAACUAUGAAGGGAAGAGUCCACGAAGCACAGAGACAACUCAGAGCACAGCAAGACCUGCUCAAAGACAUCAGUGAGCAGAGGUCCAACCCAAAGGAGGAGAGUAUCUACGGAAACUGGAUCGAUACCAUGACAACCAUCUGUGACGACCUCACCACAGACUCCCAGGCCCUCUCUGAUGAGGCAGCUGAGGUGGUGUACCAGAUGAAGAGAGCCAGCAGUGUGGACCAGAGAAGAAGGAAACAGACAGACAUGGUGGCUCUAUGAAACCAGCAGUGUGGACCAGAGAAGAAGGAAACAGACAGACAUGGUGGCUCUAUGAAACCAGCAGUGUGGACCAGAGAAGAAGGAAACAGACAGACAUGGUGGCUCUAUGAAACCAGCAGUGUGGACCAGAGAAGAAGGAAACAGACAGACACGGUGGUUCUAUGAAACCAGCAGUGUGGGCCAGAGAAGAAGGAAACAGACAGACA